UGAUUUUAAAAACGCCAUUUCACUUCCUCUUUCUUGUUUGAGUUUUUGUUUUCGUUAUACGAUGAAAAUACGCUCAUGGUUGCCGGUUGGAUGGCUGAAGGCUGGGCCUCGCCGGUCGGUUUGUCUUCUUCUUCUCUUGUUUUUUUAAUAAGUUAUACGAAGCGGUUUUUGGUGCAUAAAUCAAAGAUUGCCUUUGUUAUUGACGACGAGUUUUCCUUUUACCGUAUUUAUUUAUAUUAUUAGUUUUUUAAAUGAGAAAAAAAGAAAUAAAAAAGAAAUUGAUUGGAGUGUGAGCUUGCGUUGGUUUUCUCGUGAGUGGUUUUUCCGAGAAAAACACGAGUUGGGUGGAGUCCUGUAAAAUUAUUUUUUAAUCCUCACUAAUCACUGUGUUUUUCCAAGUUAAAGUCAAAAGAAAAGGGCCAUUGCUUGUUGAAAGUGAAAGCGAACCGCUACUUUAGUUGGUGGAGGUUUUCCAAAUUAUUAAUACUCCUUUUGGAACAUAGGAGAAAUAAUUUUUCUCUAAUCUCCUUGAUUUUUGUUAUUUGAAAACCAAACCAAUUCUCGAAGAAAAGAUAAUAUUACUAGUAUUUUACAGACCGAAAAUUACUGAAAGAGAAAAAUCCUUCCUAUAAUCUCUCCAUUUUGUCUUUGUGUGAAGAAGAAAAAGGAAAAAAAAAGAAAAAAAAAUAUUAAGGGAGACGAAUCGGUAAAUCAAAGAGGCGUGAGCUUGAAAAGAGAAAAAAAGUUUGAUAUUGUUAGUUCAAUGGUGAAUGAGAAAUAAUCGUAACAGUGAGCAAUAGAGAGUGACGGUGCCAUCUCUCCUGCGACACACAGAGUGAUGAGUAGCAUAUUCAAAGGGUCGCCGUAUCGGCGGCCGAAUGACGUGGAGGCAGGAAGCAGCCGCUCCGCCCAGUCCGACGACGAAGACCAUGAGUUUAGCGGUGGUCCUUUUGACAUCACCAGCACUAAGAAUGCUCCCCUCGACCGCCUCCGCCGUUGGAGACAAGCUGCACUAGUGCUUAAUGCUUCUCGUCGAUUCAGAUACACCUUAGACUUGAAAAAGGAGGAAGAGAAGAAACAGAUUUUAAGGAAGAUCAGAGCACAUGCACAAGCCAUACGAGCUGCAUAUCUUUUCAAACAAGCUGGGGAACGAGUAAAUGGAACAGCAAUUCCACACCCAACUCCCACCGGUGAUUUUGCUAUUGGACCAGAACAACUUGCAUCAGUGACUAGGGAUCACAAUUUCAAUGCUUUGCAGGAAUAUGGAGGGGGUAAUGGGUUAGCAGAGAUGCUAAAAACAAAUUUGGAGAAAGGGAUUCAGGGAGGUGAUCCUGAUUUACUGAAACGGAGGAAUGCAUUUGGUUCAAACACAUAUCCUCGGAAAAAAGGAAGGAGUUUUUGGAGGUUUGUUUGGGAAGCUUGCCAAGAUCUCACUUUGAUAAUUUUGGUGGUAGCUGCUGUAGCUUCUCUGGCUUUGGGUAUAAAGACAGAGGGUCCCAAGGAAGGCUGGUAUGAUGGGGGUAGCAUAGCAUUCGCAGUUUUGCUUGUUAUUGUUGUGACAGCUAUCAGUGACUAUAAACAAUCUCUUCAGUUCCAAAAACUAGAUGAGGAGAAGAGAAACAUACAUUUGGAGGUUGUUAGAGGAGGUAGAAGAGUUGAAAUUUCAAUAUAUGAAGUUGUUGUUGGUGAUGUUGUACCCCUCAAUAUUGGUGAUCAGGUGCCUGCUGAUGGAAUUUUGAUCUCCGGUCACUCACUUGCAACAGAUGAAUCUAGCAUGACCGGAGAGAGUGAUAUUGUUCACAAGGAUGCCAAGCAACCUUUUUUAAUGUCUGGCUGCAAAGUGGCAGAUGGGAGUGGCACUAUGCUGGUAACAGGGGUUGGGAUUAAUACUGAAUGGGGUUUGCUCAUGGCUAAUCUUUCAGAAGACACUGGUGAAGAAACUCCCUUGCAGGUGCGUUUGAAUGGGGUUGCAACUUUCAUUGGUUUUGUUGGACUCAGUGUAGCUUUUGCUGUCUUGGUUGUCCUUUUAGUAAGGUAUUUCACUGGCCAUACCAAAGAUGCAACUGGAAGAACACAGUUUGUUGCCGGCAAGACUAGUGCUGGCGAUGCUGUAGAUGGAGCUAUUAAGAUUAUCACUGUUGCAGUUACUAUUGUCGUUGUUGCGGUGCCUGAAGGACUUCCGUUAGCUGUCACCUUAACCCUUGCUUACUCGAUGAAGAAAAUGAUGGCAGAUAAAGCUCUGGUGCGCAGACUUUCUGCUUGUGAGACCAUGGGUUCUGCCACAACUAUUUGCAGUGACAAGACUGGAACCUUGACUUUGAAUCAGAUGACUGUGGUUGAGGGUUUUGUUGGUGGGAGAAAAAUUGAUCCUCCAUACAGCAGCUCAGAAUUACCAGAUACACUUACCUCAUUACUUAUUGAAGGCGUUGCAAUGAAUGCGAAUGGCUCUGUCUUUACCCCAGAGGGAGGUGGAGAUGUAGAGGUUUCUGGAUCACCAACAGAAAAAGCAAUUCUUAAUUGGGCAAUCAAGCUUGGUAUGAAUUUUGAUGCUGUUAGGUCGGGCUCUUCAAUUGUUCAUGUGUUCCCUUUCAACUCAGAGAAAAAACGAGGCGGUGUUGCAAUACAAUUGCCGGAUUCUAAUGUUCGUAUUCACUGGAAAGGGGCUGCUGAAAUAGUGUUAGCUGCAUGCUCUUGGUUCCUCGACACUAAUGACAGUAUUGUAGCAAUGGAUGAGGAAAAGAUGGCCUUUUUUGAAAUGGCAAUUGAAACUAUGGCUGCUGGUAGUUUGCGUUGUGUUGCUAUUGCAUACAGAUCAUGUGAAAGUGAAGAGGUUCCAACUAAUGAAGAACAGCUUGCUCAAUGGGCUUUACCUGAGGAUGACCUUGUUUUACUGGCUAUUGUUGGUCUAAAGGAUCCUUGUCGGCCAGGUGUCAAAGAUUCAGUGCAGUUAUGCCAAAAUGCUGGUGUAAAGGUACGCAUGGUCACUGGUGACAAUGUUAAAACAGCAAAGGCAAUAGCAUUAGAGUGUGGGAUACUACACUCAGAUGUGGAUGCUACUGAGCCUAAUCUCAUUGAAGGGAAAGUUUUCCGUGCACUAUCUGAUUUGCAAAGGGAAGAAGUUGCUGAGAAAAUAUCUGUGAUGGGCCGUUCAUCACCCAACGAUAAACUUCUGCUUGUGCAAGCAUUGAGAAAGAGGGGACAUGUUGUUGCUGUAACUGGCGAUGGCACCAAUGAUGCUCCUGCUCUACAUGAGGCCGACAUUGGUCUUGCAAUGGGUAUUCAAGGGACAGAAGUUGCAAAAGAGAAUUCAGAUAUCAUCAUUUUGGAUGACAAUUUUGCUUCAGUUGUAAAGGUUGUCCGAUGGGGUAGAUCUGUCUAUGCAAAUAUCCAAAAGUUCAUCCAGUUUCAACUUACAGUUAAUGUUGCAGCUCUUGUUAUAAAUGUUGUAGCUGCAGUUUCGUCUGGUGAUGUUCCAUUGAAUGCCGUCCAGCUUCUAUGGGUUAAUCUUAUCAUGGAUACUCUUGGAGCAUUGGCAUUAGCUACUGAACCACCAACAAACCACCUGAUGCAUCGGCCCCCUGUUGGUCGAAGGGAACCUCUUAUAACUAAUAUCAUGUGGAGGAACUUGCUUAUACAGGCUGUAUAUCAAGUGAGUGUUCUGCUUGUUCUCAAUUUUCAAGGCAAGAAGAUAUUGCAUCUGGAUCAUAAGAGUAGUGAACAUGCUAACAAAGUGAAGAAUACAUUGAUAUUCAAUGCAUUUGUCCUGUGUCAAAUCUUUAAUGAGUUCAAUGCUCGGAAGCCAGAUGAAAUGAACAUUUUCAAAGGACUAGGUCGAAACUAUCUCUUUAUUGGAAUAGUGGCAAUAACUUUAAUACUUCAGGUGGUCAUUGUCGAGUUUCUUGGAAAGUUUGCUAAAACUGUGCAGCUUAACUGGGAACUGUGGCUAAUUUCAAUUGCUAUUGGUUUUGUCAGUUGGCCCCUUGCAUUCCUUGGGAAGCUGAUACCUGUUCCAAAAACUCCCGUCAGCCAGAUCUUUUCAAGAAAGUUUUGCCGCCGAAGAAAUAGAAGCAGUCGACAGAAAGCAUGAAGGCUCACAUCUUUAAGACAUUGCCACUAACCUGUUUAUAAGUUUACUGAUUUACUUGCCAUUUUCGCCUCCUUUUCGGAUGACAACAUAUCACAAAUCUCGAUAUAGGGAAAGAGCUUGAAAUGUUUUGUAUGCCUUCUAAACAAUUGACUUGAAUUAUGUUUUACACAAAUCAUUAUUAGUAGUUAAGAGUCGGGGAUUCUAUAUCGUUACUCAGUGUCUAUAUAUCAUUUUAAAAUGUGUUAAUGGUUUUUCUUCUGGAGGUUCUAUAUCAUGGGUUGGAGCUACUAAAAAAAAUAAACGCUUAUUCCCCACCCACAAUGUUUGGGAUAAAAUAGAUGUAAAUUUUCAAGUGCAAAUAAAUUCACAAUUUAUUAUUUUU